ACCAGAGGGGAGCAGACAGACAAACCAGAUCCCUCUUGGAGCCUCCAGUCAUGAGGCUCCUCUGGGGACUGAUCUGGGCAUCCAGUUUUUUUGUUUUGUCUCUUCAGGAGCCCAGGUUGCUCCUGUUCUCUCCUUCUGUGGCAAAGCUAAGAACUCCCCUGUCGGUGGGAAUACAGCUCCUUGACGCACCCCCGGGACAAGUAGUAAAAGGACAUGUCUUCCUGAGAAACCCAAGUAACAAUAAUGUUCCUUGCUCCCCGAAGAAGGACUUCACCCUCAGUUCAGAAAAAGACUUGGUACUCCUCAGCCUUCCGGUCUCCAUCAGGGAUGUAAUGAACUGUAAACUCUCCCAACUGCACAGAAACCCUGAAGUCCAGCUGGUGGCCCAGACUCCAUGGCUGAAGAACUCUCUCUCCAGGAAGACAGAUGUUCAGGGUGUCAACUUGCUCUUCUCUUCUCGCCGGGGGCACCUCUUUCUGCAGACUGACCAGCCCAUUUAUAACCCUGGCCAGCGGGUUAGGUACCGGGUCUUUGCACUCGAUCAAAAGAUGCGCCCAGCCACUGACACUCUCACAGUUAUGGUGGAGAACUCUCAUGGCCUCCUUGUACGGAAGAAGGAGGUUUAUGUUCCCACGUCCAUCUUGCAGGAUGACUUUGUGAUUCCAGACAUCUCAGAACCAGGGACUUGGAAAAUCUCAGCCCGAUUCUCAGAUAGCAUGGAAUCCAACAGCAGCACCCAGUUUGAGGUGAAAAAAUAUGUUCUUCCCAACUUUGAAGUGAAGAUCAUUCCUGAGAAGCCCUAUAUCCUGACUACUCCUGACAACCUUGGGGAAAUCCAGUUAGACAUCCAGGCCAGGUACAUGUAUGGGAAGCCUGUGCAGGGGGUGGCAUAUGUGCGCUUUGCGCUCCUGGAUGAAGAUGGCCAAAAGUCUUUCCUGCGGGGACUGGAGACCCAAAACAAGUUGGUGGAUGGCCAGAACCACAUCUCCCUCUCAAAGGCUGAGGUCCAGGGUGCUCUGCAGAAGCUUGGCAUUAGUAUCGCUGACCUUCUUGGACUGCGCCUCUAUGUUGCAGCAGCCAUCAUUGAGUCUCCAGGGGGGGAGAUGGAAGAAGCAGAACUCACUUCCUGGCGUUUUGUGUCAUCUCCCUUCUCCUUGGAUCUUAGCAACACCAAGCGACAUCUCGUGCCUGGGGCCCCCUUCCUGCUGCAGGCCAUGGUCCGAGAAGUGUCAGGUUCCCCAGCCUCUGACAUUCCUGUCAAAGUUUCUGCCACACUGUCUUCUGGAUCUGUUUCUACACUCAAAGACUUUCAGCAGAACACAGAUGGGACUGGCCAAAUCAGCAUUCCCAUCACGAUCCCCCACGCCACCACAGAUCUGCAGCUCUUGGUGUCUGCAGGCUCCCUCUAUCCAGCCAUAGCCAAGCUCAUGGUACAAGCCCCACCCCCAGGAGGGCCUGGCUUUCUGUCUAUUCAGCGGUUGGAUCUUCACCCCCCUCGUGUUGGAGAUACUUUCAUCCUGAACUUGCAAACUGUGGGCAUCAGUGGUGCUACCUUCUCUCACUACUACUACAUGAUCCUCUCCCGGGGUGAGAUUGUGUUUAUCAGUCGAGAGCCCAGGAGGACCCUGACCUCAGUCUCCAUCUUUGUGGACCAUCACCUGGCACCUUCCUUCUACUUUGUGGCCUUCUACUAUCAUAGAGGACACCCAGUGGCCAACUCUCUACGAGUGGAUGUACAGGCCGGGGCCUGUGAGGGCAAGCUGGAGCUUAACCUGGAUGGUUCUAAGGAGUAUCGCAAUGGGGACAAUGCCAAGCUCCACAUACAGACAGAUUCCUUGGCACUGGUGGCGCUGGGAGCCGUGGAUACGGCUUUGUAUGCUGUGGGUGGCAGGUCCCAUAAACCCCUUGACAUGGGCAAGGUCUUUGAAGUCAUGAACAGCUACAACCUCGGGUGCAGCCCCGGAGGCGGGGACAAUGCUCUUCAGGUGUUCCAGGCAGUGGGGCUAGCCUUUUCUGAUGGGAGCCAAUUGACCCCAAUUAGAGAGAGUCUGAGCUGUCCCAAGGAGAAGAAAACCCGGCAAAAGAGAAAUGUGAACUUCCAAAAAGCAAUUAGUGAGAAGUUGGGCCAGUAUGCUUCCCCAGUUGCUAAGCGCUGCUGCCACGAUGGACUGACACGACUGCCCAUGACACGCACCUGUGAGCAGCGGGCAGCUCGAGUGCGACAGCCAGACUGUCGAGAGCCCUUCCUGUCCUGUUGCCAGUUUGCUGAGAGCCUGAGAAAGACAAUGCGGAACAGGGGCAAAGCGAGCCUGGCUCGAGUCCUGGAGGUCCUGGAAGAGGAGGAACUGAUGGAUGAAGAUGACAUUCUGGUGCGCAGCUUCUUUCCAGAGAACUGGCUCUGGAGAGUGGAGGCAGUGGACCAGUCCCAAACAUUGACACUAUGGCUCCCUGACUCUCUGACCACAUGGGAGAUCCAUGGUGUGAGCCUAUCCAAGAGCAAAGGCCUGUGUGUGGCCAAGCCAGCCCAGCUCCGGGUGUUCCGGGAGUUCCAUCUGCACCUCCGCUUGCCAGUCUCUGUGCGCCGCUUUGAGCAGCUGGAGCUUCGACCCGUCCUCUACAACUACCUGAAUAAAAACCUGACCGUGAGCGUCCAAGUCUCCCCAGUGGAGGGGCUGUGCCUGGCUGGGGGCGGAGGGUUGGCCCAGCAAGUACUUGUGCCUGCGGGUUCGGCCCGGCCUGUUGCUUUCUCUGUGGUGCCCACGGCAGCUGCUGAUAUAUCCCUGAAGGUGGUAGCUCGAGGGUCCCUUGAAUUCCCUACAGGGGACGCAGUGUCCAAGGUUCUGAAGAUUGAGAAGGAAGGGGCUAAAUACUUAGAGGAGAUCACCUAUGAACUCAAUCCCCUGGACUACCGAGGCCGAAGCUUGGAAAUUCCUGGAAGCUCUGAUCCCAAUGUUGUCCCUGAUGGAGAUUUUAGCAGCUUUGUCAGGGUUACAGCCUCAGAUCCAUUGGAGACUUUGGGCUCUGAGGGGGCCUUGUCCCCAGGAGGCCUGACCUCCCUCCUGAGGCUUCCUCAGGGCUGUGCAGAACAAACCAUGACCUUAUUGGCCCCAACUUUGGCUGCUUCCCAUUACCUGGACAAGACAGAACAAUGGAGCAAACUGAAACCUGAGACCAAGGAUCACGCUGUGGAUCUUAUCCAGAAAGGCUACAUGCGGAUCCAGCAGUUUCGGAAGAAAGAUGGUUCCUAUGGGGCCUGGUUGCACCGGGACAGCAGCACCUGGCUUACAGCCUUUGUGCUGAAGGUUCUGAGCUUGGCCCAGGAACAAGUAGGUGGCUCACUUGAGAAGCUUCAGGAGACAGCUCAGUGGCUGCUGUCUCAGCAGCAGGAAGAUGGCUCCUUCCAUGACCCGUGUCCAGUUAUCCACAGGGGCAUGCAGGGGGGCUUGGUAGGAAAUGACGAGACCGUGGCACUCACUGCCUUUGUGGUCAUUGCCCUUCAUCAUGGCCUGGCUGUCUUCCAAGAUGAGAAUGCAAAGCAGUUGAAGCAGAGAGUGGAAGCCUCCAUUUCAAAGGCAAACUCAUUCUUAGGGGAAAAGGCAAGUGCGGGGCUCCUGGGUGCCCAUGCAGCCGCCAUCACGGCCUAUGCCCUGACACUGACCUCAGCCUCCCAGAACCUGCGGGAUGUUGCCCAUAACAACCUCAUGGCCAUGGCCCAAGAGACUGGUGGUGAGGGUCAAAAGGGUCCUGGGAGUAUGCUUGGGGGUGCUGAGGGAGAGCGAGAGAGAGAGAGAGAGAGAGAGACAGACAGACAAGACUUAGAGGGACUGGAGCCUACAAACUGGUCAGACCAGUCCUCAUGUGUGUGCUUCAUGUGUUGUGUGUCUUCUCAUCCCUUGCUGAUCCAGAUCCUUCGUACCUACAAUGUCCUGAACAUGAAGAACACAACCUGCCAAGACCUUCAGCUUGAGGUGACAGUCACAGGCUAUGUGGAGUACACAAGGGAAGCCAAUGAGGACUAUGAAGACUAUGAGUAUGAGGAGUUUCCAGCCGGGGAUGACCCAGCUGCCUACAUUCAGCCUGUGACACCUUUGCAGCUGUUUGAGGGACGGAGGAGCCGCCGCAGGAGGGAGGCCCCCAAGGUGGCAGAGGAGCAGGAAUCCAAAGUGCAGUAUACCGUGUGCAUCUGGCGGAAUGGCAAGGAGGGGCUGUCUGGCAUGGCCAUUGCGGACAUCACUCUCCUGAGUGGAUUCCACGCCCUGCAGGCUGACCUGGAGAAGCUGACUGCCCUGUCUGACCGUUAUGUGAGUCACUUUGAGACGAAUGGGCCCCAUGUCCUACUUUACUUUGACUCGGUCCCUACCUCCCGGGAGUGUGUGGGCUUUGGAGCUGUGCAAGAGGUGGCUGUGGGACUAGUUCAGCCUGCCAGUGCAACUCUGUAUGACUACUACAGCCCAGAGCACAAAUGUUCUGUGUUUUAUGGCGCACCAAGUAAGAGCAAACUCCUGUCCACCUUAUGCUCUGCUGACGUCUGCCAGUGUGCUGAGGGGAAGUGCCCUCGACAGCGCCGUGCCCUGGAGCGAGGGCUGCAGGACCAGGAUGGUUACAGGAUGAAGUUUGCCUGCUAUUAUCCCAGAGUGGACUAUGCCUUCCAGGUUCAGGUGCUUCGAGAAGAUGGCAGAGCUGCUUUCCGCCUCUUUGAGACCAAGAUCAUUCAAGUCCUGCACUUCACUAAGGACACCAAGGCCACUGCUGGUCAGACUCGAAACUUCCUAGUUCGGGCCUCUUGCCGCCUUCACUUGGAGCCUCAGAAAGAAUACUUGAUCAUGGGUCUAGAUGGGGCCACCAAUGACCUCAAGGGAGAUCCCCAGUACCUGCUAGACUCAAACAGCUGGAUUGAGGAGAUGCCCUCUGAACGCCUGUGCCGGACCACGCGCCAGCGGGCAGCCUGCGCCCAGCUCAACGACUUCCUCCAGGAGUACAGCACCCAGGGAUGCCAGGUGUGAGUGCUACUCAGCUCCUGCCCCAGGCGGACCUGAGCCGGGGAGAGGUGGCCCUUGGCAGUGCUACAGAUCUUGGGCCUCUGAAUACAGCCCUAGAGUUGGGGCAAAUAAAGGCCUUUGAUAGCAAA